AGCAAGCUGAAAAAUAUGAGAAAAGAAGACGUAAACGGAAAGCAGUAAUGUCGUUAUGUGACCAUCGGAGCGUUACUUUAUUUAUACGUCAGAUGCACCUGGAAUAUUUUAUUCACAAUGUUCAAAUGAAUUCUGAGUGGCCGCUGUAAUAGUGGGGCGCGAUCAACCCAGUUUUUACAAAGGUGAAGAAAUGGCCUUCUUGGACAAUCCAGCUAUUAUUCUUGCCCACAUCAGACAAUCCCACGUGACCAGUGAUGAUACAGGAAUGUGUGAAAUGGUCCUAAUCGAUCAGGAUGUGGAUCUGGAGAAAUGUCAUCUGACCCAGGUACCUGGUAGCGGCUAUGAGUCAGCAAUAUUGAGUUCCUUAAAUGAGGGAUUUGGCUCCAUGACAGACGGUUACACUUGUGACCUCUCCCAGUCUAUGGACAUCACCUCCAGCUGGGACUUUGGCAUCCGACGACGCUCUAACACAGCCCAAAGACUUGAAAGACUGAGGAAGGAGCGUCAAAACCAAAUCAAAUGUAAAAAUAUUCAGUGGAAAGAAAGAUCUUCCUCUCAAUCAGUGGAGGAUUUGGGGUCCUUUUUUGAAAAACGUGACAUUAAGGAUAGAAUGCGGUCAACAUGUGUGAAAUCUACUCUUUCACUUCGAUUGGAGCAGUGUCCCCAGCAGCUCAACAACCCAUUCAAUGAAUAUUCAAAAUUUGAUGGCAAGGGCCAUAUUGGCACAACAGCGACAAAAAAGAUAGACGUCUACCUUUCAAUGCAAAUGGGUCAGGAGAAAGUGCAUCCCAUGGCAGUCGUCACUAUUGCGAAUGCCCGUGUUCAUGAUCUUAUUGGGCUAAUCUGUUGGCAAUACACAACUGAGGGACGAGAACCAAAACUCAAUGAAAAUGUGAAUGCCUACUGCCUUCACAUUGCAGAAGAUGAUGGUGAGGUGGACACAGACUUCCCUCCCCUGGACUCCAAUGAGCCAAUACACAAGUUUGGUUUCAGCACUUUGGCGUUGGUGGAGAAAUAUACUUCACCUGGCCUUGGUUCACGACAAUCACUGUUUGUCAGAAUAAACGCUGCUCAGGGUUUUUCUUUAAUCCCCGUGGACAGUCUGAAAGUAACCAUGAAAGAAAUUCUUCAGAAAGCACUCAAGAAGAGGAAAGGGUCACAGAAAGGAUCAGACACGCACAUCUCUCGCGCACGAACGAGGGGUGGGUCCCAGCACCAAUGAUUCGUCACAGGCUGGCCAUUUCCUGCUGUCGAUCAUGAGCUGGUCCCGCCCACGCGCACGAGGACAGGACAUUCUAAUUUUUUAUUUAUCUUUUAGAAGCAAUUUGCAUUUCUUUACCACUUGAUUUGCAAAUUUUAACUUUAGUGUGCACACAAUUUGAUCAAACAGCAUUGUCAUACUUCUUGUAUGGACAGGAGCUCUAAUAAUCUAAAAAAUGUUCUAAUAAUCUGACAAUGACAUUUUUUGCUGUAUGGACAUCUAUUAUUUCUUUCUCUGUAUGAGCAUGAGCGGAAGGAGAGGAAGCUUGUCAUGCUGAAAAUUUAACUUUUCCUCUGCCACCUCCUCCACCCUUUGAUGGGUUUUGUUUUUUAUGACGACACUCUUUUGACCAGUGUCCAUGUUUCCCACAGUUUCAACAGUUGUUUGAAUCUGAUAGGGCUUUUGAUUUGAAUGGUGGCUUGCGACCUUGUUGGUCUCUAACUCUUCCUCUGCCCCUUUGGGAACUUUGGAAGAAGAUCGUUGUAUCUUCAUUUACAUAAUUAUCUUCAUCAUCUAGAUGAAAUACAUCAGAACUUUUGCCUUUCUCAAUCACUUUCUCAGCGUCUCUGGCCCAAUGCAUGUUGUAACACAAGCAGUGUCCGCCUCCACCAAGUGUUUCCUCACCCAGUUGCCCAAGUCAGGGGGGAAACCAGUGAGGAGCGCAUUUUUAAGAUGUUGCUGAUAAGCAUUCUCAGCUGCACCACUGUGCACCCUGAAUUCUUUUUCAAAUCUUAAUUGAAUGGCGGCCUCAUCACUUUUUAUCUUUCUAUUUUUCGUCUUUUGAAUGUGUUCUCUUCUCUCUUGUGAAGCUUUCAACCACAUUCUAGCACAAUGCAGUUUUCUCUCUUUUCUUUCCUUUCUCAAUCCCUUUGGCUUCCUAGCCACAGUCUCCUCCAAAAUGUCUACCACUACGUUCCACAUUUCAACUUUCAACUUUCCUUGUACUCCAUACUUUUUCUUCCACUUCGGCAUGUAUUGCAUACAAUUAGAAAACCUACUCGCCAUGUACUUCUCAUCACCUUCAAGAGCUAGAGAUUUACCCUUUUUAUUUCCUAUCUUAAUUUUAGUAGUUUUAGUUUUUCCAAUUUUUUUUCAAGUUUUUUUUUUUCUUUGAGGAUCCUCAAUGCAGGUUUAAGUCGACCUUUCAACAAAUUACUGGCCUGUGUUAUUGCCGUGGAUCAAUGCUAGAACUGCUAUUUAGUCAAUUUAUCCUACCAGUCACCCUCAACCACACAAUUGUCAUGCGAACAGCUUGGAAAAACGGACAAAAAAGUAUCUACGCCCUUCUUCAAUUCAGAAAAAUAAGCUCUGUUUUUUUUUCUAGCCCGUUUCUUUCACUGGAAGUCGAACCCAAGCUGUUCUUUGGCCGCAAAAACAAACAAAGAAGAAUCUAAGCACUUAAAGUUAAAGUCCCAAUGAUCGUCACACACACAUCUGGGUGUGGUGAAAUUUGUCCUCUGCAUUUAACCCAUCCCCAUGUGAUUUUGAUCCAUCCCCUGGGGGAGAGGGGAGCAGUGAGCAGCAGCGGUGCCGCGCUCGGGAAUUAUUUGGUGAUCUAACCCCCCAAUUCCAACUCUUAAUGCUGCGUGCCAAGCAGGGAGGCAAUGCGGACAGAACCGCAAUCGGCGGCAACCCGGGGAAACAGAACCACAAUCGGCGGCAACUCGGGGAACAGAACUGCACUCAGCGGCGUUCAGGGGCCCAGGGCCACAAUCGCGGCACACACUGGGGACCCGACCCGCAAUCGGCAGCAACUUAGGGGACAGAACUGCACUCGGCGGUGUUCAGGGGCCCAGGGCCACAAUUGCGGCACACACUGGGGACCUGAACCGCAAUCGGCAGCAACUUGGGGUACAAAACUGCACUCGGCAGCGUUCAGGGGCCCAGGGCCACAAUCGCAUCACACACUGGGGGUCAUGAAAGGAGCGUCCACGUCGCGGCCCCGGGAGUAUUGACGAGAUCAACUAGAUCGACUAGAUACUGCUAAUCCUUUCACCACUACAAGCAAAAGUUACAAGCUACAACGCAGCUACAAGCUACGCUACAAGCUACGCUACAAGCUACGCUACAAGCUACGCUACAAGCUACCUACAGCUACGCCGAAAACUGCAAGCUACAAGCCACAAAGCUACAGAACAGAAAACAACAUCAUGCCUGGAGAUAGACACAAAGGUCGACCUUGAAAACGAGGAACCUCCUCACGACCAGCAUUGGCGGUCCUACAGAAAUCGCGGGUCCGGCGCAGCUGGCUUGGAAUCUGGUGAUGCCCGCGGGUCCUGCAACGCUGGGGUGGAGCCCGAUGGCGGUCGCAAAUCUGAGGGCGCCGGGAGGCACUCCGAUGGCGGCCGCAGGUCCAGCGUCGCAUUAGCGAAGUCCGAUGACGGUCGCGGAGCCGAUGGCGCCAGGAUGAACUCCGAUGGCCGCCGUGAGUCCGGCGUCGCUGAAGCAAGAUCCGAUGGCGGCCGUGGAGCCGGUCUAGCUGGAGCGAAGUCCGACGGCGACAGCGGAGCCGAUCGCGCUGGAACGAGCUCGGACGACGGACGUGGACCGGGCGUCGCUGACGGUAGCUGGUGGUGAGCGAGGUCCAAGCGCUGGUCGCUGUAGUGGUCGGAUCAUUCUGUCACGGGUGGGAAUGGAAAUGGAGCAGGGCAACCAAGUGCAGCUUGGACCAGGGUUUACUGGCGGAACUCAAAAUAACAGACUCGGUAAACUGACAUAACUGACUAACAAAACCAACAACAGGACUGACCGAAAAAGACAUGAAACAACAAGACAGGGUGACGUUACCAAUGACAACAAUUCAUGGUGAUUCGGUGAUUGUGCAUAUGAAACUGGUGGGGUUCGGUACCUCCAACAAUGUUAAGAACCAGGGCUCUGGACUCGGUCAGAUUUUUGCUCCGAGUCCGGCCUCUUGACCAUGAGUCCGAGUCCGGCUGUCCAUUUUUUCUGUUAAUUCAUGUGACUGCUUAGUCUUUAUCCGAGGCUAAUUCAGAUCAAAAUCUAAAUAAUUACAACAGUUUUGUGAUGGCUUUGUCUUUAUUAAACAUAUAAACGAAUACAAUAAACAGAUACCUUUUGCUGCAAUUACAGCUGCAAGUCGCUUGGGGUAUGUUUCUAUGAGUUUUUCACAUCGAAAGACUGGAAUUCUUGCCCAUUCUUCCUUGAAAAACAGCUCAAGCUCAGUGAGGUUGGAUGGAGAGUGUUUGUGAACAGCAGUCUUCAGCUCUUUCCACAGAUUCUUGAUUGGAUUCAGGUCUGGACUUUGACUUGGCCAUUCUAACACCUGGAUACCUGUAUUUGUGAACCAUUCCAUUGUAGAUUUGGCUUUAUGUUUUGGAUCAUUGUCCUGUUGGAAGAUAAAUCUCCGUCCCAGUCUCAGGUCUUUUGCAGACUCCAACAGGUUUUCUUCUAGAAUGGUCCUGUAUUUGGCUCCAUCCAUCUUUCCAUCAAUUUUAGCCAUCUUCCCUUUCCCUGCUGAAGAAAAGCAGGCCCAAACAAUGAUGCUGCCACCACCAUGUUUGACAGUGGGGAUGGUGUGUUCAGGGUGAUGAGCUGUGUUGCUUUUACGCCAAACAUAUCGUUUUGCAUUGUGGCCAAAAAGUUCGAUUUUGGUUUCAUCUGACCAGAGCACCUUCUUCCACAUGUUUGGUGUCUCCCAGGUGGCUUGUGGCAAACUUUAAAGGAGACUUUUUAUGGAUAUCUUUGAGAAAUGGCUUUCUUCUUGCCACGCUUCCAUAAAGGCCAGAUUUGUGCAGUGCACGACUGAUUGUUAUCCUAUGGACAGAAUCUCCCACCUCAGCUGUAGUUAUCUGCAGUUCAUCUAGAGUGAUCAUGGGCCUCUUGGCUGCAUCAGUCUUCUCCUUGUUUGAGAUGAAAGUUUGGAGGGACGGCCGGGUCUUGGUAGAUUUGCAGUGGUCUGAUACUCCUUCCAUUUCAAUAUAAUUGCUUGCACAGUGCUCCUUGAGAUGUUUAAAGCUUGGGAAAUCUUUUUGUAUCCAAAUCCGGCUUUAAACUUCUCCACAACAGUAUCUCGGACCUGCCUGGUGUGUUCCUUUGUCUUCAUGGUUCUCUCUGCGCUUUAAACAGAACCCUAAGACCAUCAAAGAGCAGGUGCAUUUAUACGAAGACUUGAUUACACACAGGUGCAUUCUAUUUAUCAUCAUCAGUCAUUUAGGACAACAUUGGAUCAUUCAAAGAUCCUCAAUGAACUUUUGGAGUGAGUUUGCUGCACUGAAAGUAAAGGGGCCAAAUAAUGUUGCACGCCCCAGUUUUCAGUUUUUUAUUUGUUAAAAAAGUUUAAAUUAUCCAAUCAAUUUCGUUCCACUUCACGAUUGUGUCCCACUUGUUGUUGAUUCUUGACAAAAAAUUACAAUUUUAUAUCUUUGUUUGAAGCCUGAAAUGUGACGAAAUGUUGAAAGGUUCAAGGGGGCCGAAUACUUUCGCAAGGCACUGUAAAUAUCAUAAGAUGUGAAACAGUUGGGAAUCGAAACUCAUUCAUGUUAAAGUGCACAAAUGCAUAGCUUGACACGUCUGUCAGGGUCAUGUUCAUGAGUGAAGGCAGGAUAGGACGUGAAUAGGUAGACAGGUGUAUCGAUUUAGCGUCCACUACGAUACGGACCCUUUACCGAUCUGUUGUGAAGAAGGAGCUGAGCUUUAUCGGUUGACCUAUUUUCCUACCCUCAAAAUGUUGGUAUCAUUACAACGCUUGACUUAUGUUCUUGCUGGGCAUUUAAUUUUUAAGUUUAUUUGUCAUCCUA